UUUGCCGUGUUAUCCAGGCAGGUCUUGAACUCCUGGCCUCAAGUGAUCUACCCAUCGAGGCCUCCCAAAGUACUGUAUUAUAGAUGUGAGCUAGUGUGCCCAGCCCAUUUUGACUUCUGUAUAAUACUAUAGCAUUCAUAUAUCUACAUUUACUCAUGUGUCCUACUUUUGAUGAGAUUUGUGUUGCUCGUAGUUUGGACUAUUACAAAUUAUGAUACUGUCAUUAUGCCUUUUGGUAUAUGUGUAUUUUCAUUUCUCUAGGGUAUGCCCCAGAGUGGACUUGUAGGAUUGGGUUAGACUAUGCAUUUUUCUAAUCCCAAUAACAUAAUUUUUUUUGAGAAGGAUUCUCACUCUGUCACCCAGGCUGGAGUGCAGUGACGUGAUCUUGGCUCACUGCAGCUUCUCCCUCCAAGGUUCAACUGAUUCUCCUGCCUCAGCCACCCGAGUAGCUGGGAUUACAGGUGUGUGCCACCAUGCCCGGCUAAUUUUUUUGCAUUUUUUAUAUAGAGAUGGGGGUCUCAUCAUGUUGGCCAGGCUGUUCUUGAACUUCUGACCUCAAGUGAUCCUCCCGCCUCAGCCUCCUGAAGUGCUGAGAUUACAGGUGUGAGCCACCAUGCCCUGCCUUCAAUAGCUAAUUUUAAGCAGUGUUCCAGCUCUUCUAGUUUAUGUUACCACGAGUAGUCUAUGGGUUUCCAUUAUUUAACGUCCUUGUCGGUGCUUGGUAUUGAUGAUCUUUUAAUUUUAGCCACCUGAAAGUAUGCCUACUUUGAAUUUUUUAAAUUUCUGUGUUUCACUGUAAAGAAAUGAGAGUGAGGUUUAGAGCCAGAAACUCUGAAUGAGUUUAGCUUUAACCCUAGUUGAAGGGCUACUAGGUGAUCAUUUGAAUCCUUAACUGAAGGUGGGGCCAUUUUGUUAGACCUCACCCUACAGAAUCUCACACACCAAGGUCCAAAUGCCCGUGGCAAGCUAUGUAAACCUACACAGUUAUUUACCUCUUUGAGACUCAGUCUCCUUAUCUGCAAAGGGAUGUCAUUUUAAAUUCCUCACCGAGUUGGUAUGAAGAGCAUCAGUCAUUCCACCAAAAAGCACUUAGUUCCUGGCCCAUAGUUAUUAUCAAACAGUGAGUCACAGGAAGAAGUGGCUAGCUACAUUGCUGUAGAAUACUCUUGUAUUUAUUUUGGUUUAUCUAUUUUUAGGGGAAACAAAGUUAUUUCAUCCAGAGCAUUAGACGUCAAAAGUCGAUAUAUCCUUUCUGGAGCUGCCUUGUUUGUUUGAUGUCCUGGUGUUUUGAAGGCUGGCAUGUUUAUGGCCGGGCAGAACCAUAAACACUCCUUCGGCCCAGGGCUGCCCUGGAUUUGUGUGUAUUUCAUACAUGGGCAGUGGAGAAGGAAAUCAUCUUCAGCUUGUGUUUUGACACAGAGAAGUUUUGCUUUUCGUUUAUCUACUCUCUGCAUCCUCCACCGAAAACAAACAGAACACUCCGGCAUGGGUAAAUAUUGUGACUGGCGGCCUCAGUGGUGGUGUUUUUCCCUUUGCUACAAUUGCUGAGAGACUGAUGGUGACAUAGUAGAAGAUCCAUGGUUGUCAUUCUGAUACUUCAACCAGAACCAUAGCAGUUCUGGAAAUGAAAAAGUGAAGUAAAGAAAAAUAAGAAUUACAAGAUAAUUUUUUUUUUCCAAGGGAAAUUGUAAGGCAUUUCAAGGACGGAAAGGCAAAAAUGUUAUAUGGUUUUGCAUUUCUUCUCCUAGCACCGAUAUUCAUCAUGCCACCACUCCUGAGCCUUAGAAUAGAUAGACUCUUCAAAGACAGCUGAGCUUCCUUUCAGGUGGGUUCCCUCCGAGCCUUCUCCUGCUUCAUUUGCCCUGCUUAGUGAAACUCAGCUAGAAUUGAGGUGCAACUGGUCUAGGAGGCUAGGAGAGGUGUAACCACUUACUAUGUAGCCACUGAGAGUUUGGCCUGGUGGAAUUUCAUUUGCAAUUAAUUAUGUUUAUUUAUUUAUUUAGUUUUAAGAGGCAGUGUUGUCCAGGCUGGCCCUGAACUGCUGGGCUCAAGUGAUCCUCCUGCUUUGGCCUCCCAAAGUGUUGGGAUUACAGGCGUCAGCCAGCACUCCUGGCCAAGGUUAUUUUUUAUUAGCUUAAAAAGUUAUUUACCUCUAACGUGUUUUCUUCGCUUCCCCCCUCCUCCCUGUCUCUGUCUUUCUCCCCAUCUCUCAUUCUCUCUUUCUGUCUCUGUCUCUCUCUUUCGGGAAGUUAAGUAAGGGAAGAAAGACCAGAUGAGAGAGGUUAAAACUGCUGGGCUCUGAUUUCACAAACAGGACUGGAUCCCUCCGUGUAGUCUUUUACUAACUGCAUGAUUUUGAGCAAAUUCCUUCAUUUUCUAAGUCUCAAUUCUUUCAUCUCUCAGUGGAGGUAACAGUUGUACCUCUUUUGUUAUGAGGGUUAUGUUCAGAAUGACAAAUGUCAGAAUUUGCACAAAUCGCAACAGCUGCCCUUACCUGGCACUUCCUCAGUGCCAGGCACUGUUCUGAGUACCUGCUUGGUAUAUAUCCCAGUAGCCCUGGGGGUUGGGGCCUGUGGUUUAUAGGUGAAGAAAAUGAGGCAGAGAGUGUUUAAGAAACUUGACUUAAGAUUCCUCCAGCAACAAGUGGCAGGACUGAGAUUGGAGUGCGAGGCUGUGUAGUCCAGAGUCGAGGUCCUCUGUCGCAGCACUGCCGUUUCCCCGCCGUGCCGCCUGACAACACACCCCGCCCCUCCUCCUCCUCUCUGUAGAUAACUAUUUCAGUUUGGCAUAACUUCCUUUGUAAUUUGAAGCAACAAACCUGGGUUCAGACACUCCACUGCCUGUGCAUCUUGCCUGUUUCCGGAUCCGCCGUGUCACAGACAUUUUCUAUGUCAGUGCCUAUGGCUCUACUCAGGAGGAAGGCUGAACAAGGACCUGCGACAUUUUCUCAAUCAGCGAUUCCAGAAGGGGUCUCCUGAUCAUGAGCUCCAGCAGACCAUAAGGGAUAACCUUUACCGCCAUGCUGUGCCUUGCACAACCCGAUCUCCCAGAGAAGGAGAAGUGCCUGGCGUGGACUAUAACUUUCUGACUGUGAAGGAGUUCUUGGACCUCGAGCAGAGCGGGACUCUUCUGGAAGUCGGCACCUAUGAAGGAAACUAUUAUGGGACACCCAAGCCUCCUAGCCAGCCAGUCAGUGGGAAAGUGAUCACGACGGAUGCCUUGCACAGCCUUCAGUCUGGCUCUAAGCAGUCGACCCCGAAGCGAACCAAGUCCUACAAUGAUAUGCAAAAUGCUGGCAUAGUCCAUGCGGAGAAUGAGGAGGAGGAUGACGUUCCUGAAAUGAACAGCAGCUUUACAGCCGAUUCUGGUGAACAAGACGAGCACACUCUCCAAGAAACAGCAUUACCACCUGUGAAUAGUAGCAUCAUCGCUGCUCCCAUCACGGACCCUUCUCAGAAGUUCCCUCAAUACCUACCUCUUUCUGCAGAGGAUAAUUUAGGUCCUCUACCUGAAAACUGGGAGAUGGCCUAUACCGAAAAUGGAGAAGUCUAUUUUAUAGACCAUAACACGAAAACAACAUCUUGGUUAGACCCUCGGUGCCUAAACAAGCAGCAGAAGCCUCUGGAAGAGUGUGAAGAUGAUGAAGAAGGGGUACACACCGAGGAGCUGGACAGUGAACUAGAACUGCCUGCUGGUUGGGAAAAGAUUGAAGACCCUGUCUAUGGUAUCUACUAUGUAGACCACAUCAACAGGAAGACACAAUAUGAGAACCCGGUUCUAGAAGCCAAACGGAAGAAGCAGCUUGAGCAGCAGCAGCAGCAGCAGCAACAGCAGCAGCAACAGCAGCAGCAGCAGCAGCAGACAGAAGAAUGGACAGAAGAUCACUCAGCCCUUGUGCCUCCUGUUAUUCCAAACCACCCUCCAAGCAAUCCAGAGCCAGCCAGAGAAGCUCCACUUCAGGGCAAACCCUUUUUUACACGAAACCCUUCUGAGUUGAAAGGCAAGUUCAUUCACACAAAGCUGCGGAAAAGCAGUCGUGGCUUUGGCUUCACGGUGGUUGGAGGGGAUGAACCUGAUGAGUUUCUCCAGAUCAAGAGCUUGGUCCUAGAUGGUCCUGCUGCAUUGGAUGGCAAGAUGGAAACAGGGGAUGUGAUUGUAAGUGUGAAUGACACCUGUGUUUUGGGACACACACAUGCUCAAGUUGUGAAGAUCUUCCAGUCCAUCCCCAUUGGUGCCAGCGUGGACCUUGAACUCUGCCGAGGUUAUCCAUUGCCUUUUGAUCCAGAUGACCCCAAUACAAGUUUAGUGACCUCGGUAGCCAUUUUGGAUAAAGAACCAAUUAUUGUGAAUGGGCAAGAGACCUACGAUUCACCAGCUAGCCACAGUAGUAAAACAGGCAAAGUCAAUGGCAUGAAGGAUGCCAGGCCAAGCAGCCCAGCGGACGUGGCUUCAAAUAGUUCUCAUGGUUAUCCUAAUGACACUGUUUCUUUGGCUUCCUCCAUAGCCACUCAGCCAGAACUCAUAACUGUUCAUAUUGUCAAAGGGCCAAUGGGCUUUGGUUUUACUAUCGCAGACAGUCCUGGUGGAGGUGGCCAAAGAGUGAAACAGAUUGUUGACAGCCCAAGGUGCCGAGGCCUGAAAGAAGGGGAUCUCAUAGUGGAAGUUAAUAAGAAGAACGUGCAGGCCCUAACUCACAACCAAGUGGUGGAUAUGCUGGUUGAGUGUCCUAAGGGAAGUGAGGUCACAUUGUUGGUGCAACGAGGAGGGCUGCCAGUUCCCAAGAAGAGCCCAAAGUCGCAACCACUGGAAAGGAAAGACAGCCAGAAUAGUUCUCAGCACAGUGUUUCCAGCCACCGAAGCCUGCACACAGCAUCCCCAAGCCACAGCACACAGGUGCUCCCCGAGUUCCCACCUGCAGAGGCCCAAGCUCCAGAUCAAACUGACAGCUCUGGCCAGAAAAAACCAGAUCCUUUUAAAAUCUGGGCCCAGUCCAGGAGCAUGUAUGAAAACCGACCUAUGUCACCUUCACCUGCGUCGGGAUUGAGCAAGGGUGAGAGAGAGAGAGAAAUCAAUUCCACGAAUUUUGGAGAAUGUCCGAUUCCAGAUUACCAGGAACAGGACAUCUUCCUCUGGAGAAAAGAGACUGGAUUUGGAUUUAGGAUUCUGGGUGGAAAUGAACCAGGGGAACCUAUUUAUAUUGGUCACAUCGUACCACUGGGUGCUGCUGAUACUGACGGCCGCCUGAGGUCUGGAGAUGAAUUAAUCUGUGUGGAUGGGACACCAGUAAUUGGAAAAUCACACCAGCUUGUGGUCCAGCUUAUGCAACAAGCUGCCAAGCAAGGCCACGUCAAUCUCACGGUGCGGCGUAAAGUGGUUUUUGCGGUGCCCAAAACCGAGAACGAGGUGCCCUCGCCAGCCUCCUCUCAUCACAGUAGCAACCAGCCGGCCUCGCUGACAGAAGAGAAGCGCACCCCGCAGGGCAGCCAGAACUCGCUGAACACGGUGAGCUCGGGCAGCGGCAGCACCAGCGGCAUCGGCAGUGGCGGCGGCGGGGGCAGCGGCGUGGUCAGCACCGUGGUGCAGCCCUACGACGUGGAGAUCCGGCGCGGGGAGAACGAGGGCUUCGGCUUCGUCAUCGUGUCCUCGGUGAGCAGGCCCGAAGCAGGCACGACCUUUGCAGGCAAUGCAUGUGUGGCUAUGCCUCACAAAAUAGGUCGGAUUAUUGAGGGGAGCCCUGCUGACCGCUGUGGCAAGCUGAAAGUAGGAGACCGGAUCUUGGCAGUAAAUGGAUGUUCCAUCACCAACAAAUCCCAUUCAGACAUUGUGAACCUAAUCAAGGAAGCGGGAAACACAGUUACCCUCCGCAUCAUUCCUGGGGAUGAGUCCUCGAAUGCCACCUUGCUGACCAAUGCAGAGAAGAUUGCCACCAUCACCACCACACACACCCCUUCUCAGCAAGGGACCCAGGAGACAAGGAAUACCACCAAACCAAAGCAGGAAUCUCAAUUUGAGUUCAAAGCACCCCAGGCAACACAGGAGCAAGAUUUUUACACUGUGGAACUGGAAAGAGGAGCCAAGGGAUUUGGCUUUAGCCUUCGAGGAGGCCGAGAGUAUAACAUGGACCUCUAUGUUCUGCGCUUAGCAGAGGACGGUCCUGCGGAGAGGUGUGGAAAGAUGAGGAUUGGUGAUGAAAUUUUAGAGAUCAAUGGUGAGACCACCAAAAACAUGAAGCAUUCUCGAGCUAUAGAACUGAUAAAGAAUGGUGGCCGCAGAGUUCGUCUGUUUCUGAAGCGGGGAGACGGCUCAGUACCAGAAUAUGACCCCAGCAGCGACCGCCACGGCCCCGCCACCGGUCCACAAGGUGUUCCGGAAGUGAGGGCCGGGCCCGACCGCCGGCAGCAUCCGUCAUUGGAGUCCAGUUACCCACCCGAUCUUCACAAAUCAUCACCACAUGGGGAAAAGCGGGCACACGCAAGGGAUCCGAAAGGCAGCAGAGAGUAUAGCAGACAACCCAAUGAACACCACACCUGGAAUGGGACUUCGAGGAAACCCGACAGCGGGGCAUGCCGACCCAAGGACCGGGCGCCGGAGGGACGGAGGGACGCGCAGGCCGAGCGCGCGGCAGCCGCCAACGGCCCCAAGAGGCGGUCCCCAGAGAAGCGGAGGGAGGGCACCCGCAGCGCCGACAACACUUUGGAGAGGAGGGAGAAGCACGAGAAGAGACGAGACGUCUCUCCGGAGCGGAGGCGAGAGCGGUCACCCACCCGCAGGAGAGACGGCUCCCCCAGCCGGCGGAGACGGUCUCUGGAGAGACUCCUGGAGCAGAGGAGGUCCCCCGAGCGCAGGAGAGGGGGCUCGCCCGAGCGCAGGGCCAAGUCCACCGACCGGAGGCGCGCACGCUCCCCCGAGCGCAGGAGAGAGCGGUCCCUGGACAAAAGGAACAGAGAGGACAGAGCCAGCCACCGAGAAAGGGAAGAGGCGAAUCUGAAACAGGAUGCCGGCAGAAGUUCCAGACAUCCCCCGGAGCAGAGAAGGCGACCUUACAAAGAAUGUAGCACCGACCUCAGUAUCUGAGACGCUGAGUCACAUUCCAACCUUUACCGUGUCAAAGGUUCUAAGAGGAAAGUCACAAACCUGAAAUUAUUUAGUUUCUUACCUAAUGAAGCAUCUGACACCUGAUGAUCCUAUGAAUAACAACAAACAUUUUAUGCAUUUGAAAUCUUAUAAGAAAAAAUAUAUAUGAAAAGUAUUGUGCCUGAUGUAUCAUAUUAAAGAAAGUAUUUUUAAAUGCAUACUUUUUUGGAAAUUAUUUGCCAAAUGCUGGCCCAAAGGGAUAUAAAUUUUGUUUCUACGUAACCUGUAGAAUCGUCAAGAAUUGUUCCCGUUUUUGGGCAAUCUUUUUCUCUCCUGGUUAAUUGGGGCUGUUGAUCAUUUUCUCUAAGUAAGGGAAUUUAUUGAUUAAGUUUAAUUAAUUUGAUAUAGACUGUCAUGUAGUGAUGUAGUGGUAUACUGUAGUCGGAAGUUUUUCUUAAAAGCAAAGAGCAAAAAUGCAAAGUUUUAUUUGUAAAAGCUGAGGACCCUUGGGGAUGGAUUAGGUUUGCCGAUGAUCCUAAAAGUAAGCAAACUGUAUGACAAGACUACUAUUGCAAAUGAAGGAUAUUUAUAGCUAAACUGUGCAGCACAAAGAAGUUUUAUAUUGUGAGUUAUAGUUGGUUCAGAAAACAGUUUGUACUCUCCCUGGCCCAGGAAGGCACAGAGACAAAAAUGCCGGCCACCUUUACCCAAAUACAGCCCAAGCACAGACAGUCAGGUUCGUGAUCAUCUCCAACAUCUGGUAAAAUCUCAUUGAAGGCAAUGCCAUCACAGCUUUGCUCAAUUACUACGAGGAAGAGACAACAAGCAUCUUUGGUGUUGUCUCGUCUGAUUGGAGGCUGAAUAGUAGAUGGAAUGGGGGACAGUGUGCCUGGUGUGAGGAAGACGUAAGAUCCCCAAUUUGGAAAGCAUGCCCCCCUCCCUUUUAGUAGAAGCCCAUGGUUGCCCUUUGCCAAACUGGGGAGGAGGCAAUGAGCCUUGGUGGAAGGAACCUCUCUGUUGAUAUUUAAAGAAGUGAGGGCUGUGGGUAUUCAUUGUUAGAAAUGCCAAUUUCACUUUGAAACCAUAGUCCAAGUCUCUAGGUUGGUAGAAGGGAAAGGAAGGAAGUGGUCCCAGUGGUUCUAGAUCUGGUUGGGAAACUUCUGCCUCAUGACUCUGUCCUUUGAGUCCUUUGGACAGCAGCACAAAACAUAACAAUUUUUAUUUUUAAACAGACCCAUUCUUUUUGAUCCCACAGGAGCUGUGGUUGGGUCGGCCGUAGCCCCGGGAUGUGGUUUAAGUGGAUUACUGCCUAGCUGAGCCAAAAUGUUUGCUUGUACCUGUUGGACCACUACAGCAAACCGCUGCUUACAGUGCAUUGUGUAUUUCUGUAGUACUGUUUUGCAUUUUCCAUACAGACAGAAAACUUUGCAAGUCAAUCACUGUUGUUCCCAUGGUACUGUAAGAAAAAAAAAAGGAAAAAGAAAAAAAAAAAAAGAAAA